AUGACGUCGUGGGAUGUAACGCCGCAAUUAGAGGGUAAAACUUCGUUGCAUGCGGUACUAGACUACGACGAGGAAGAAGAGGAAUCGUUAGAUUAUUACGAAGAGACGUACAGUCACAGUGGAGUGACGCCAAUUCAGGGUCCUAUAUUUUUAAGAAAUGGUUCGGUGCCGGUUGUACCGUUGUACGGUUACCAAAAAGUGAGCAACGGAUCUCUACUGCAGAUACCGGUAUUUUGGACUGCUCUUUCGUUUGCUUUAGGAUAUGAAAUUGGUGGAGAUCUGAUUCGUGGAACUCCGUGUAUUAAACGAAACCACCAAUUGUUUUGUCCGACAGCAGGAAAAAGUUACCCAGUAGACCGAAUCGACAGAUUUAUCGAUGAAAAUAAAGCACUCAUGAAACGAAUGUAUGGAGAUUUUGAAAUGAUGGAGAAUGGCCCGUUCCCUAAGGCAAAAAGAUCAACAGCUCGAAAAAGAAGACAAGACUCUAGUUUUUCGGAUGAUCAAUCGAAACCGAAUAAGCUACCGACCAGAGGUCAGCCGGCAGAUUCUGGAAGGAUAGACUCUUGUGAAUCUAAAGUAGAAGUGGUCACUCCGUAUUGGGCCUCGAACAGCGUGGGUAAGACCAGAGCGAUUGUUAACACCGAACACUUCGAACAAGCUAUUCAUCAAGAAGUCUGCACAAAGACACUGACGGGACGCUGUUCAGGAGACUGUGGAUGCGAACAAAAGUAUAAAUGGCACAGGUUGUUAGCGUACGAUCCCGACAACGACUGUAAAGGGAUAUUCAUGGAUUGGUUUUUGUUUCCAUCUUGCUGUGUGUGUCGAUGCGAUUCGACAACCCCAAACAAUGUUUAGCGAAAAUCGUCAUUGUUCGCGUCUGUCAACUUUGUACUUAUUAUUAUAUAUUUUAUACAUAUUACAUAUAAAUAGAUAUAUAUUUAUUAUCCUUUAGUAUAACUGCUUAGGAAGAAUACCUACGCUUAUAUUAUAACGUUUCGUAUACAUAUAUUUAUAUAUUCAGUGCCUAUAUUUAAUAGAAUAUUAUGCUUAACUACGUACCUAUACGUCUGUGAAAUUGUCAUACACGCAUGUUCAAGAUAUUUUUGUUUGAUCAUGGGAGUUAUAAAAUUUAAAUUUAUAAUAUUUUAUUAGUACCUACUGCCUAGGUA